AUGAAAGCUGCUGAGCAGUACUUUCCUGUGGUACUGUUUAUUAUGCUCCACAAGCCGAGGUGGUUUUAAGUGUAAGGAUACAAAAACUCAAAUGUUAGUUUUUAACAAGAAAGGUUAUUGAAUCUCCAUUCCCUUCAGUCCUGUAUUGUAUCCUAGUGUUUCAUACAUUAUUCCCUCACAACGUGGCCAGUAGUUUUGGUGUUUGCAUCCUAGAAGAUUUUUCAACCAUCGCAUAUACAUUUGUCCCUUAAUGUCAUGUAAGGGAAAUAUAGUUCCACCUUUUAGAAAGCCUGCAUGAAUUAUGAGAUAAUUUGAAAUAGCAGAAAGUUCCCUCAAAAGACUUCAACUGAAAUAACUUGAGAUACAACGAACUGCUGGAAAAGUUCAAGGUAAUAAUGACUGAUGUGACCAAACCUUUUGUAGCGCAAAAUUUAUAAAACUAACACUCGAUCCAAGAAGAAUUAAACCUUACAUCUCCUAAUUAAAUGCAUCACUGAAACCGAAGCAAUUUUUUUAGAAAUGAAAAAUAAAUAAGUGGUUUAAGUAAAUAACUCAAAAAUACCCAGAAGAAUUAGGCGGAUCAAGGUGUUCAUAUUAAUCUGACAAGACAACAGUUGAUACGACAAACGUAGUGGUGAGUUGGGAAAUAGACAGAUAUUUGCUCAUAUAUUUACACCUAUGUAUGGCCGGAUACAGGCUUUUAUUCACAAAAAAAAAAACAGGACGACACCAUCGGGAAUAGGCAGACCAAUUUUAAAGGAAGUAAAAAUUAAAUAACCGAGAUGAUCACAUUCAUUUCAAGAACUGACAGGUAGGACAAAUUAAACCUACUUAGAAUCAAAGUUUUCGUGUCUCCUGACGCGAUAAUUUAUUGUUAUUAUCUUCUUUAUAAUUUUUAUUUAGCCGAAAUAACUAAUACAGUCAACUGUAGCCAUAGUCUCUGCAUGCCUUGUGGGCGGUUUGUGGUUUAAAAAACUUUAAGCGACGUUGGGCUCGCCAGAGCGGCUCUUCCUGGAGUUUGUGCUCCAAAUAGUCGCUUCUUUAUUCACAAGUUGUAGAAACCUGCAUUUAGAGAAUUUUUUAAUUAACAGGAGAAGAGCUCAUCAGUUUUAGAAAAAUCCCUAUGCCAAAAUAAAAAUUAACAUUUUCAUUAAAUCAAAGAGAGGCAUCUUUGGAACAUCGUUCUAUCAUCCAUUAGGAAGAUCACCCUUCUAGUACUACGGCUUAAAGACAAUUAAACGAAAUAAAUUUUUAUAAUUAACCUUAAAUCACUCACCUUUAAAGGUGUUUUUUUUCCAUUUCAGCGCAUUACACAUGCGCAAUAAAGGUAAAAAUGGAUAAUGAUGUCCAAAGAGCGACUUAAAGUCGUUAACUAAAAGAAAAACGCCUCUGCAAUAUCUCAUUACCGGGUAUAUAUGAUCGUUAAAGGAUCUUUAAAAACAACAAUUACACGCCUACUUCAUCCGGAAACUUAGGGGGUAAAUUGUCUUAGUUUUACCACCCUUUUUCUUUAGAAUCGCCCGAUAAAAAUGUUAGAUUUUUGUUUUUCUGUCGACAAAAUAGAGUAUGCUCGUUGCCUUUUUAAUUUUGUUAAGGUUUAGUACUAAAGAAAAGUUGAAAUUUAAUGAAAAAAUUCAAGUUUCAAUUGUAAUAAAGAAAAAAGAAGUAAAUUACUUUAAAAGCAGGCAAAUGGUUAUAAUUGCAAGAAAUGCGAAUAAUAUAUUAACAAAUAAUCUAUGAUUGAUUUGACCGAAAAUAAACGUCUGGUCUCUCCUGCUCCAACGGCUAUGUUGUAAUUACAGCUCUACAAAUUUUCCUUAUUUGCGAAGAUAUAACUUAAAUGUUAGUGAAAUGAAACUAUAAAAUUUUGGAGGCAAUUGACUGACUUAGAAUUUUCUUAUUGUUAUUCAGUUUUCCGUAAACCAGUGGCUCUGUUUCUGUUUCUUUUUCUUUUAUUUUACAUUUCAUCCUCAUUUCCACAGAAGCUGCCAAAGGAAACAAUCUAUAAAGGACACAAUUUACUGUUUUUUUAAUUUAUACGGCACAAGUAAAGCUUAGGCAUAUGGUUUGUAAAUAAAGUGUUUUUACUAACGCAACCAGCAUCUCUGCAAAUUUAUUGGAACAAAAGGAAACGUUGACAUAGGAAAAGAGUUCAACUCCCACAGGACUGGUUUAAGAACGACACCAAUAUGGCCGACGUGACGUCAAGUAAAAACACUCUAUGGAGACAAAACAUACAAAGCGGGUCUUUUUUUACGACCUUUUUUGGAUCCUACCUGCUAUUUGAAAUUAUUUCUUAGAUUGUCUCGGAAGCCAACUUUAAGUCAGGUCUACUGAUUGUAACGAUUCAACACUUAUGAAAGCGCGAUAGCAGGACUUGCUUCUAACACUAUGUACUGCGGUAUAGCAGCCGUGCGGUAGAGAGUGAGUAGCUUUGUUUUCAUUUUGCCAACGAAAUGAGCUGCAGCCGAGAGACAGUCACCAACAUCAUUGAGCUAUUAUAAGCAAAACAAGACAAUUUAUAAGCACUGCAAUUAAUAUCUAUAACCUCGGAAAAAAUUCUUGAGACAGUUCCGAUUUCGUCUUGCGAUAUACUAUAAUGUGAUCAAACUAGAACAAAGUCGCCCCCUCCCCACCCCCCAUUUAAUGUUGUUGGAAGAGGGGAGACGUCGGUGGAGGAUGGCAUUUAUUUAGUGAUAGGUUUAUUUCGUAAGGGUGAAAGGAAAAAAGUACGUAUCUUUCAAAGUUGGUUCUCCAAGAAUUUUGACCGAAUUUGUAGUUAGAAAUAUUAUAAUUGCAUUUAAAAAGGUUCUCCCCCAUCAAAAAUGUGGCAUGAUACGUGGGACGUACGUCACAAAUAGUUAAAUAGCCAUGCCCCCUCACCGUUCAAAGCUCAAACUCCCGGCUUUCUUUCGGGAAAAUUCAGUACUUAAAACAAAGCAGCAAAACCUGAUCUUUAUAGCAUAGCUAGGGACCAGGCACCUAACCGCUUAACGCUCGUGUUACGUUUUGAAAAGGGGUUAAAACUCCCUUUCCCUUCCCUUUCAAACGCCUGCCACGCAGGCUAGGAUUAGCCCAGGGGUCUAGGCCCGAGGGGGGGGGACUUAACAAAUGCUUAUACGGGGAAGCUCUGCCCCAAGGUCCAACCCCUUACUCUUUAAUAUGCCAAUUUUCACGAAAAAGGUACCCCUUUCGUAUACCUUCUAUUGAAAAAUGGCACCCCUUUCACAUACCUUGUUUACAACUUUGCAUCCCUUUUAACUGCUGUAAAUGCAUCGUCUUUUAAAUAGGAAUCAAUCACAAAAAUAGAACGUUUUCUCGACUUUAUAAAGCCAUAAAAUUUAUUUGUUAGUCCUGUGGGCCUAUUUAAAGACCCAAAUGACAGAUUUCCCUACCCUUUUAUACUUCAACUGGUGAAACCCAUACCCUUUCAUAUACCUGAAGCCUGAAAAGGGUACCCCUUUCGGGCGGAGCCUCCCCGUAUAGGCCAUCAUAGGGAGUAUCCCCCGGGGUAAAGGUUGCUGUUAAGGUUGGCUUUUCGAGGAAGGGGGAGGUGGGGAUGGAGGGGGUGGGGGGAGAUGAAGCGAAUCCUGUGUUCUGAUUGGCUACCCGUGCGCGUGCAUGAUGGACCUAUCAUGCUCGCUCGGGAUCGCCCGCUUUGUCCCUUUAUUGAACAAGCUUGUUCGGUCAAGAUAGCUUCGGGGUGUUGGCAAUCUUGACACGCAUAUGUUUUGCCUUUUCUGUGUAAAUUUUGUUUCAGCCAGGUGAGUGUGAUUUUUCCGAAGUAAGAAGUUUCAACUGGCCUUACUCUUAUACUAAGGGCUGUCGUGCACUAAAAACCCAUGAACCAUCCAAGUGGUACAACACACAUCUGACUUUCCUGUUUUUCCAAAUUUACCCAAACAUUGUUUUUCCUUGAUUUCCUGAUCACAUUUUUUUGCGUGUAAAUUAUCCUGAGGAACGCCUCUUUGACAGCUUGUUUUCACCCCAAAACAGACCUCACCCUGGUGCCCAUCUCUGUUGACAGUUCACAGGUUUUUAACAGUUAUUCAAAACAAGCCCCGCAGUUCAUCCGUUUUACUUAUUUAUUUAAUUAGUAUCAUCGACUCUCUGUGUGGGUCCAAUCGAGUAUGAGGAGCUGCAAUUGUCAUCGGUAAACAGGACAUGCAAUCCUUUAUUGCUACCAUGCAAUAACGAAAUAUGCACUUGUGUCAAUUAUAAAAAAUAUAUAAAUAUAUUUUAGAACAUCGCUAAUGCUGUUAGUACCAUUUAUCGCUUAUGCUACAAGUGACCGCCAACCAAAAUUCGUGAAAAAAGAAUUUCUACGUUUUAUCACCUAUCUGCCGACUGUUAGCGGAUAAUCCGAUUACUUAAAUGGAACAAAAAGGAUUGACUUGAUGGCUUUGGACAAUUGUACUUUUAUUUCGGAAAAAGAUAGCUCUUUUUGUAAAAUCUUUUUAAAUAGACAAUGAUACUAAAAUUUCAAGUAUAACAUAUGAGAGGGCGCAAGAUGAAAUUUAACGUUUUAGUGUUAAUUUUUGAUACAUCUUUACCUAUAACUUUCGUAUCGCUAAACACAUGUGUAAACUGGGAUGCCAGAUCGAGAGAAAUGAAACGAUCGAAUUUCCUCAUUUUGAAUUACCUAAUUACCUUGUGCUGCAUUUCCGUUCCCUUUCAAAAAUUAAGUAGCUUUGUCCUCGUGAUUUUUUCCACUUUUAUCGUUAACAAUUACUGAUUACCCUUUGUGCGGGGUUUGUCAACGGCCUACGAAAAAAUCUAAUACUGAGCGUCGAGUGUAUCUAUAAUUCAGUUGGUAACAAUAUAUAUUUGGAAGAAAAUUACAAAUAUCUUUCUGGAAAAGAUGUUAAACAAUGUAAGAAAUUGCUUAGUAGCAGCUGUCGUUGGCUUGGCCUUCAGGCGUUCAGAUUGGCGGAAGUAAGCGAAAUUUGCCCUAUUCGUGCGUCAUUUGGCAACAGCCACGCUUAGCUGACACUUGAGUUGUCGAACUUAUUUUAGCAAAAUAAAAAUAGUCUGCUUAUUAACUUCAAUUUGAAUGGAUGACUUUGAAAGUGGGCUCUUUGGCCCCAUAUCCGGACAAUGUUCUUUAUCUCUGCGGCAGGGCUCGUGUCGAUAAAGCUCCAACCAUUUGUUUGUUACCUAAUAUUCAAUAGCUUGUGGUACAGGACGGGGGAUCAAACAAUUGUCCUCAUCACGCCAGUGGUCGGAUCUCUUUAAUCCCUUAAUAAAAUAAAGAAAAUACCUCUUGGGAAGUACAAGAAAGCACAGAGGAUGAAACUGUACAGAGAUAAUCCAGUUAAACAUUACCUUUGUUACUACAGUUGUACAGUCGCAAGAUAUGACGAAAUGUACCAUCCAACUUACAUCGACGCUGAUACGACAAAAAUGCUGAAGAAUCGCCUUUGAACAAGGAGCAUUAUAUUUUCAAAAUGGCAAAGUACAGUACACACGGUUUUAAUUAGAGUUUAAUUAAAUUACCGUCAUCACGAAAUAAGCCUUGGCUUUUUGCAAGUUUUAAAAGCGCUUUCUUUAAUCCUUCAAAGAUGUUAUGCGAAAAAAAGUUCAUCGAUUGUACAACGGCAACUUGUGUCUUCAUAAGGGCACAAUUUUUAACUUCAAUUAUUCUAAGCUUACUAAACAAUUCUGUCAAAAACCAUUGUCUGUUAAAUCCAGUAUAUUGCCGGAUCAUUGGCCACGGGUUUCAUCAAAAUUGUUUAUUAAAUAUCCCUUUCCACAUACAAAUCCAUAUACAAAUUUUCCAGAUUGGACUUCAUACUUUUCCUAAGAAUUAGCGCGAUAAUUUCAUAGCAGGUCAAAGCAUUUGCUCUCAGUUUGAUCAUCAAUUUAUUGGACUAGGUAUGGAUAUUAUUAGGAGAAAAUUGAUGCUGGUCACCAUUAACAGUAGUAGGACACACUUAGUGGAAAUGACUGAAAGCGUCGAAGCACAGCAAUGCUUAGUGAAAGGAAUUUUUAGAAAAUUUACUGGUAUGAAAACGGAAAGGUUUCGACAUGUGUUUCUAAUUGAGGUCAAGAUAUCCCUCAUUAAAUUGAUAAGAAAAUCUCUUUAUGCCCAAUGAGAAGUGUCUUAUCAGGGCUCUCUAACUCUCAUAACAGAGAGGAACAAUUCGUGAUCCUUUAAACAACUAAUUUGAUUUCUGAAAUCACGUGAUUUUAUUUAAAAAAGCAUGAAGGUACGCAUAAAAAUGCGUGGAAAAAAUUGGCUAUUCUCGCCGGCGAAAUUUCGUUUCUUCAAUUGAAAGUUCUUCUUGGUGUCGAGAUCAACAUGGAUUAUUCUCAGUUCUAGACAAAUGGUGCAUUUUCUUUUGCACGAUUUUAAAAAUUAGUACCAUGUAAAAGAGGUACUGUAUUAAUUUGAAUUGGCACACCGCUUUGAUAAUUCGUUUCACACUUAGUUGGGGAGCCAAUUAGCCUAUCUCCAAGAGAGCAAGCCCAUUUCUCUCCAGGGAAAUCCGAAGCUUUUUUAAAAAGAUCGGCAAUAUUCAAGUGACAUUUACCAGUCGACCAAACUCAUAUUCAAUGUACUUUUUCAUUCCGCUGAUGAAAAUACCUUCGCCAUUUACAGUGUUGUUAGAUAUAGCUGAUAUUGCUAUUUUAAAGUUUCCAAACAAUGACAGGAAAUAGAAUAUAAUCGCAGACCAUCUUUAUGAAGAUGUCAUCAACCAUCAUUAUUGUGUUACAUUCCCUAGUUCUAAUCUUCUUUUGCGGUUUUCAAUUAGAGUCAUCACUUAAGAGAUUGUUCCACUGCAAAGGGCGGAUUAAGACCUGUUAAUUCAGUCUUUUUUUCGUCCAUUUUCUCUAAAAGAUGGGCACAAUCAAAAUUGAAGGAAAAUGUCAGAUAAUAAAAAGUACCGUGUGAAAGAAGCUGCCAAUGAAGUUUCAUUUAAAAAAAGGCUAUUCACAUUAUGGUUUUAGCUUAAGGCUCAAAAAAUACAUGUGUCCUUGAUUGAUCCAGGGGCACAAGCCGGGGGUACAAGCUGAUUUUAUGACUUUGUACUGCCACAAUGUUGAUAUUACAAAUGAGAAUUCCAUACGAGCGCGAUUCAACUUUCAUCAGUACUGUAGGUCAAAUAUAUUAGAAAACAGUCAGGGUUAAUUUAUAAAUCCAGUUUGUAAUGAAUUCCUCUCAUGCUCAGCUCAUUGAUCGUAUCCAGUUGCGCGAUAUCUAUACUGAUAAUCUUGAAUGCUGCAAUUUGAAGAUGGCUUCGAUUUGAAUGCAAUAUGUUUGUUUACCAAAGAAUGAUGUUUCGUGUAACACGUUGUUCCUUAGAAGGACGACUGUCCUUUGUCCAACUCUGUCCCAGUUAGUCAUAUCAGAAAAAAAUCAUCGAUGUUUAUUUUAGCAACAUAUGCGAUAACGUACUUGACACAUAGUUAACGCUAACUACUAUAGAACCAUUUCGGUUACGUGGAAAUACUUCAUCUCUUUAUACUUUAUUCUUCGAGAGACCAUACAAAUGUAGGAGCAAGUGCUCACAUUGUCAUUCCGUGUCUUUCACUGAAAAUUAAAUUAAUCGGUGAGCAGUCAAAUCUGACCCCUUCUUACCCUUGAGUGCAAGGUUUCAGACACUUCUCGGGACCCUUGUUAAGUGAUACCGUCUCGGAAUUUAAUUAGUGUCAGAGGAAGGACUUUAUCGCAUGAAUACGUCUUUCUCGUAUUAUAAGCAUUUCACGGCACGGGCCGACACUGUCGAUUUCUCUCUCUUGGUUUUCAGCUUUUAAAGGGGGUAUAGACCGUUUGAAGGUGCAAACGAAACUCAUUUGUUCGACACACCAUUGCCAAGUACUCAAGAAGGUAAGCAAAGUUGACGUUAUGACGUUGAAUGGUGGAUGUUCAAUUAGGUAUUAGAGAAAGAACGUAGUAGCACUGUUCGUGAUCUCGCUAGCUGAAAACUUAAGCUCAUAAAGGCGAACCAUAUAUCAACACUUUUCGCUGUUUUUUGAAUAGUUUAAGAACAGCAAUGAGUAACUGUAAUCCUUUGCCAGUUGUAGUUCUCAUAAUGGCUGGUAUUAGCGGUCUUCAAGAGAUUUAUACUGAAGAACAGAAUAAGAGAAAUCGCUAGGGACUCUUUGGAGUCACCGUUUACGUCUCAAAAUUGGAGCAUUUCAUAUCAAAAGUGAUGCUGUUAGUGUUAGUGUGCUGUUGUUUAAGGUUUUAACUCAAGUAGCCUACUUUGAGAGUUAUUUCUGUGCAAAAAAAUCAGUUCAAUAAAUAUGCAACCAUGUUCUUUGUCGCCGCGAUCACACCCUAGAACGGCCUCGAAAAAUUCCAAGCAAAAUCAUAUCUUAAAUUACAUUUUUAUUUAACCGCAAAAUCCGCUCAGUAGCUUAUUGAUUAAAAUGAGAUUUCAUCCGCAAGGUCAUAAGUUAGAGACAUGGUGUACGGAACCUUGAACGACACGACAGAGAUGUAGCGCUAGGAAUCCUCUAGUUGAAAUGCCCCACUUAAAAGACUGCACUUUCAAAUCCCUUAGUAAAACAAUGAUGUUCAGAAUAAUGAUUGCUCAUAUUCGAAACAACAGAUGCUGUUGCUGCUACUUUUUACACAUUGAAUAUAUCUAGCUAUUACUGCUUGGAGGUUUUCGCUUCAUUAAUUUCAUAAUAUUUCACGGACAGACUCUAAAGCUAGAACUAUCUUAACUUGAACUACCUUGUACAGCAUAAUAAACAGAACCACAGGAAAGUACUGCUCAGUAGCUUUCAUUUGAAUGGUCACACUUUAGGAUUUCAUCCACAGACUCAAAAGUUAGAACUACCUUGUACAGCAUAAUAAACAGUACCACAGGAAAGUACUGCUCAGUAGCUUUCAUUUGAAUGGUAACAGUUUACGAUUUCAUCCACAGACUCAAAAGUUAGAACUACCUUGUACAGCAUAAUAAACGGUAUCACAGGAAAGUACUGCUCAGUAACUCUCAUUUGAAUGGUCACACUUUAGGAUUUCACCCACAGACUCAAAAGUUAGAACUACCUUGUACAGCAUAAUAAACAGUACCACAGGAAAGUUCUGCUCAGUAGCUUUCAUUUGAAUGGUCACACUUUACGAUUUCAUCCACAGACUCAAAAGUUAGAACUACCUUGUACAGUACAAUAGACAGGUACCAUAGGAAAGUAUUGCUCGAUCAGUAGCUUUAUUUCAAUGGUCACACCGAGUAUUUCAUCCAAAACCUCAAAGUUUAGGACCAAAUUACCAAGCCUUACAGGAAAGUACCGCUCGGAGUAGUUUGAGCGGUAACUCACGUGUAGCUCUAAAGCAUUUCAUCCACAGACUGAAAGUGAUUCCUUAGCUGUACAACAUAAAAAAGAAUCACAGUGAAGUCCCAACCAGUUGCUUUUAUAUCAUAAUGGUCAGAGAUUUUUCUGAAACAUCUUUGGUCCUUAGUUCUUAUGUUGUUUGUUAAAAAAAGUAAGUCAAAAAAAACAGAAAAAAUAGAAAAAUCAAAUGAAGUCUAGCAGGGCUAGUGAACUCGUACUUAACUGGCGUAUUGCUGUGCUUAGGUACUCAAGAUAGGAAGGCGGUUAAUGAGAUGGUCUGCGCCAGACUUUACAAGACAUGAUGAUCAAGCACAGGCAUAUUUACUAGAUUUUGCAGGCGCAAAUCAUGCAAGCAGAAGUGUCCAAUAGGAAAGCAGUAUUCCACGCAUGUCAAGUUAAAAAAAACAGUAGUGCUAGAUCAAGCUCGAUAGCGCAAACAGAUUUCAAGAGUACACAUUUUUAGAUGAAGAUAAAUGUUCAUUUAGAUAAAUUACUCAGCUUAACUAAACAUUAAUCUUGCAGGCGGAAGCGUUUAACCCUACUGCGGAGGAAUUUAAGACAAAAAAAUGUGUCAAGUGCAUUAUAAUGGGCCCUAUUUGUUUGCGAAGAUCUCGAAGGAACUAUGUUAUUGAGUGAAACCGAGAAUGAUGAUGUCCGUAACUGAGGUAGGCAAAUAUUUCAUUUAAGAUCACCUUUCGCAAAUGCUCUACGCAAUCUGUAAUUUCUGCAAUUUUUACAACUGACAAUACUGAUGAAGUCGGAAAGUCUCACGUCCUACUGUCUUCUCUUUUUAAAAAGGAAUUGAUCUCGCCAAGUAUUGUGUAACUAAAACGUUUUAUGUGCUUCGUAUAAGUUGUCGAUUUUUCUGAUUUAGCGGAAUGAGGUUUUAUAUUCUAAUCACACUGAAACGAUUAUAAAAUAUUUUGUAAGUAAUCUGAAUAACCACAAAACACAGAAUAGGAGCGGGCAUCUCCUUUAUUGAUGAAGAGAGCGUAGAGCGUUUCAGAAAACAGAGUUACAGUUUUACAAACUCAGGGAAAAUUACAACAAAAUUUAGGGUUGAAAGAGUUGCCUCGAAUGGCUCUUGCAUAGCUUAACAAACCUUAAAUAGUGUCCUAGCCCCUCGAGACACCUUACAAGCACAUCUUAAAUACUUCUGCAAUAUUAUGCAACCUAAUAUACUUACUCUUGUGAAACUAACAAAACGUUACAAAAUAUAUGUUUUCGCACCCCUUUCGAAUAAUCAAUAUGGAUGUAUGGGGAUAUUUGGAGUGAGUUACCAACUGAUACAACCAAGAAUAACAUAAAAUUAGUGAAAUGAUCACUGCCAAAGGUUAUUAACGGUUGCAAAGAAACUUGUAAAACGGUUGCAAAGAAACUUUUCAAUUUAUUCAAGACCGACAUUGGUUACUACGAAAGAUUCUUCCGACUGCCGGCGUAACAACGUAAUUAUUCUGGUUAAGUUAAUCAGCGAAUAAGGCAUGUCGAAGUUUACUUAAUUUCGUUUCCAAAACCAGAUAAAAAAUAAUUCAGCGGCUAGGCAGAAAAGGGAGAAAGACUUUCAAAAGAUGUGGUAAAACAUACCCAGUAUCCGCCACUGUUUGUCAUCCAAAGAGUCCAAUUUGAUAGGCACUCCGUUGCAGGUUAUCUAGAAAGCAAAUGUUAAUGCUGGGUUAAUUCCUCUUUAUAAGAUGAGUCAAGAUGAACCAAGAAGAAAAAUACCAAAUUCAUUUCUGUUCAUAAAAUAACUAUACCAAGAGAUAAACAGCAUGCACCACCUUGAAGUAAAGCCCAAAAACCAUCAUUAAUGCGCACACUUUCGAGUUUAAUCCAGGGCCCUGAAAGUGACCACUUUGUAAAGCGUAUACAGUACAAAAACAGUAUAAUGCUGGUUUGCACGUGACAUCACGGCGGCCAUAGCAUGUUAGUGAUCAAGAACAAAAGCAUCUCUCUCUGGGAACUAAACGCUGUUUUCAUGUAAAUUCCUUGAGAAAAAAUUCUAUUGUUUUGACCCAAAAAUAGGCAUGGCCGCCUUGUCACGUGGUUGCAAUCCAAGAAUUACUAAAUAGCGUCAUUUGAAGGGGUUCUAAACACAAACAAAAGCCUUGGAGCCAUAUUGUACAGCAUUACUUAUCAACAGCUCGUUAGCGUUUAUUUGAAUUCGAAGGUAGCACUUUAGAAUUUCACCCAGAACAACAUAAUAAACAGGAGCACCCAACGAAAAUAUAGUUCAAAACCACUUAAACAUAGCAUUGUUAAACGUAUUUUAGUAUUUUAACGGUAGAUAUAGGCAUAUUUUUAUCCCCUAAAAAUUUUUCAUCUCUUCGGAUUUCCUAGCUGAAAGUCUCGAGAUCCGAAAAUCAUAGGGAUUAAAACUUACCUUUUCGAAAAUUUUAGCCAGAAAAAAGGCUCCCGAAAAUUCUAGGUGAGCUUUUUAGGGUAAAAAUCCGUUAAAAAUGGGCAAUUACACCAAUUUUUAGAUGUUCGAAAAUCCUAUAUAGGAGAGGUAGGCAAGCAAGAAAUUUUACAAAAAAUGUUCCGAAAAUUCUAGAUCUCAAAUCGUCUUCCGAACAGAUAUUUUCCGAAAAUUGACGUUGGGUGCCCCUGAAUAAACAGUACCACAGGAAAUAAGUAUUGCUCGCGUUCUCUCGCUCAGUAACUUCUACUCAGUAAAAGAGUAACUCAAUUAAAUGGUCACAUUUUAGAUUUUCAUUCAGAUGGAAAAGUUAGAAUCACCUUGUACAGCACGCUAAACAGUACCACAGGAAAGUACUGCUCAGUAGCUUUCAUUUGAAUGAUUAUUAGAGAUUUCAUCCGCAAAUUCAAUAUUUAGAACCACGUUGAAUGGCCAGCGUCGUCGACAAAACCUGGAUCGGAUAAACCCAUGUAUAGAGGGUUUUCAAAUGACGUAACUGCGGCCAUUUUGGUGUUCCAAAGCGCGCAAUGAAACGUCGGCCUGCUGGUGUUUCAAUUCAAUCCUGUGGUAGUUGAAUUCUUUUCUCGCUUUCUCUUGUUUCAGUAAAUUUGCUUAGAUGCUGCCCACCUGAGUGAAAACGCUCUGUACACUAUCCCUUACCUUUUGCUAUUAAUUGACUUAAAGGGGUUAAACACAGCCUGGGUUUAAUCCCUUUAAGUCAUAAAACACCAAAAGGUUAAGGAUAGUGUAAAGAACGUUUUCAUUUGUUGUGCUCUAACAUUGAGUACCAAAGGAAAGUACUGUUAGGCAGCUGUGUAAUUUUUAGUCGGUACUCAUUGAUUCACCAUAACAUAGGGUAACACACAUGAGCCAGCUAGAAUGACUGAAAGGCGCACAAAAAACACUAUUUCAUCAGCCCUUCUUACACGUUAGAAAACUUAACCCUUUAAGCCCCAAUAUCCACAUACAAAUUCUCCAAACUGAUCUCUAUACAUUUCCUUCAAGAAUAAGAUGAGAGAAUUUGAUAAAAGAUCAAGGCAUUUUCCCUUAGGUGAUCAUUUUAUUAAUUCUCAUAACCUAAUCUCUUGACAUUGUAUGGAUAUCGUUAGGAGAAAAUUGACGUUAGACUCUAUUGGGACUUAAAGGGUUAAUACAACAACAGAAAUAGAUAUCUUGGCAUUAACAAUAACGAUAAUGUUUAGUCAAAGAGACUGGUUUUAAUUAAUGUUUUCGUCUGCAGGUAAACUGUGGAUUUCCAAGCUAUCCAGUGCGGUCACUUACCUCAAUGACUGAGUUGGGUGUAAACCUUUAUCAUCUGCCUAUCAACAGGGCAACGAAGGAUGCUGAAUGGCUCAAUCUAUCACAAUCAGUGCAUCCUGGAUAUUAA